AUGAAGAUUAAAAAGGACUAUGCUGCAAAAAGGGAUCCAUGGGAUGGUUAUGAUUUCUCUAAAUAUAAUGCUAAGAUGGACCUUCUAGAUCAGGCAAAAGAAGAGGCAAGAAAAAAGAAUUUGCAGAAGGCAAUGAUGAGGAAACUUGAUGACCCGAAGGUGGGUGACGCUGGGGUUGAUGAGAGCAAGAAGCAGAUGGAUCCUGCAAACAAGGCAACAGGCACAAGGUACAUUUGGAACCCUUUAUUCAUUUCUUCUUCCCUAGAGAGUAGCUCAUCAGUGCUUUACUUGGUUUCAGGAACCCACGAAGAUACAGCAAAAUAUCUGCUAAACCUUGCUGAAGAGUCUGCAUAUUAUGAUCCCAAAAGUAGAUCCAUGCGUGAAGACCCACUUCCAGAUGCUGAUCCAAACGAAAAGUUUUACUCGGGAGAUAACCAUUUGAGAAACAGUGGUCAAGCUCUGGAGUUUGAACAGCUAAAUGCCCAUUCCUAUGACGCAUUUGAUAAGGGAAUUCAUAUGCAGGCGGCUCCAUCCCAAGCUGAAUUGAUAUAUAAGAGCUACAAGGCCUCAGAAGACAAACAGAGAACUCAGAAUAUGGACGCAAUCAUCAGUAAAUACGGGAAUGCAGCUGCAACAGCAGAAAACCCUAUGGCGCUUUUGCUUGGACAAAGCGAAAGGGAAGCUCAUUAUGAUGGAGCAGGGAGGAUUAGAAAAGGACAGGAGAUGAAACUGUCAGAGAAGUAUGCAGAAGACAUUUACAUUAACAAUCAUACUAGUGUUUGGGGAUCAUGGUGGAACGCUCAUCGAUGGGGUUACCAAUGUUGCAAACAAACGGUUAAAAACAGCUUCUGCACUGCAGAGUGCCCAGAGAAGGUUCAGGAUUUGCGAAGGAGAGAAGAAAAAGAUUAG